UAUAUGUGUGUAUAUAUACAGCAGCGGACGGGCGUGGCAGGGAGAGGCAGCGAGAGUCUACGUCCACCCUGGAGGUGCCAGACCAGCAGAGGACGCCCGCCCAUUACAUACGCUCCCGCUCGGUCUCGCCGCACCGCGAGGAGCAGGGGCGGACGCGUUCACGGCCGCCCAACGUUCCCGCCCAGAGAAGUCUGGAUGACGAGCUUCCUCACGCACGCCGCUCACGCUCUCCGACCCGGCACUACGAUGCUGCCAGGGGCCGCCACCAGGAGGAGGAGUACCUGGAUGACAGUGAGGUCAUCAUGAUCCACCAGUCAAUGCAAGGCAAAAGUGCCGAGUGCCUCCACACCAGUGAUCUGCAGCCUUCUCUGGACAGGGUUAGGAGCGCUAGCGCCAACUGUCUGACUCCAGACAAUCACACCCCCUCACCAGAGACUGAAAGAAAAUCUUUAUCCCAUUCCCUGCCCCGGAGACGUCCGGCAAGUCCCAGGAUUCUUAUCCAACAUGCGUCCCCUGAAGAUGACAGGCAGCCUCGGACCCUGGAGACACCAGAGUGUCACGCUCUUGGCAGGAAGCUCCGAGACAGCGGCAGGGGCUACCUCCAAGGUGGUGCGUCUCUUUCCUCCUCAGUGACGUCCUCCUCCGCCCGCAGAGUGAGGCAACUCCCGCAGCUUCCCCCCAAGAGCAGCACUGUAGAACAAGCCCUGGUAGCAGAGGAGUGCGUUCGUCAGCUCCAGAUGAGGGUCCAUUCCAACCGGGCGUCAGCUACCGCCACCUCCAGCCAACAGGACCUGGACCGACCCCUCAAGAACAAACGGGAGCUCUACAAGGACCAGAGGCGGAGCAGCGAGAACGUCUCCCAUAAGUCCUCGGACAGCGAUGUCAGCGACGUGUCAGCCAUCUCUCGAACCAGCAGUGCCUCUCGCAUCAGUAGCACCAGCUACAUGUCCAUCCAGUCGGAGAGACCCCGGGGACGCUUCAGCAGGGCCAUGCGCGCAUCGGGCCGCCACAUGAUGAAGAGCACCAGCGUGAGCGGCGAGAUCUACGGCAUGGAGCAUGCAGACGGCAGCCAAUCGGACACGGCGCUCGGGAGCCUGGGGAGCGGCAUCAAGAAGCAGCGCUCGAGCCUCAGCCAGCCUUCCAGACGCAGCCGGAGCACCUCGCAACUCAGCCAGACAGGUCAGAGAAACAGUCAUCCACACGGCAACACCAACCAUAGACACCUUACUGAAGGCUGGGUGUGUCGUUUCAUCAGAAAAUCAGCAGCGUAAUCAUUUUAAGACAUUAGUGUAAUUACUGUAAAUAAAUAAUACCAUCGCCAAGAAGAUUGCCAGCCUCUAAGGUCAACCAGUCUGUUUCAUAUUGUGUGGCGAUUUAUUCUUUGCUUUUGGAAGAUGAUAAACUAAAAGGCAAAUAUGAAAUGUUCAUCAGUAAAGCUGAAGCAGUAAAUUUAGCUUGAAAACUUUUUUUCUUAACUCAAUGAAUGUAGAUUAUUUUCACAUGAUUACGGCAUCUUUCAAGCAUAUGUUUGUUUUAGGAAAAUGAGACAAUUGGAGGGGACAGUUGUGACUGUCAGCUACAGUGUCUUUUUUUCAUACUUCCUCUGGGGGGGGCGCCAAAUCUGUUUUGUUUUUUUGUACACGUAGUGGCUUUAAAGAGUAACAAGAGCAGGCUGGAAAAGCAGGGUUUCACUGCUUUCUCUGGUGGAAAGUUUAAUAUAACCACACUCGUAUCUCAUAGUGUCAUAGUGUCUGGUCACGGUGGUGAACUCAAAGGUUACCCCGUGGAGUUUUGACAACACACAGAAUGUGUUUGGGGGCAAAUGUAAAAUGUAAAUAAAGUAUGCAUUGCCCGCAUUUCAUUUUUUAAAAUAAACUACAUUAAGGGCG